AUGCCAGAUGAUUUUUUCACGAGUGGCACAGACGUCACAGGAGCCACAACUGCAGGCUUGGGUGUUUGCCUUGGGCGAGUAGCGAUCUCUACUGGUGUGCUUAGAGAAGAAAAUGAUGAAAGUGCUGAUAAUGAUGGCAUUGUGAGCAUAGUGGGUAGCGAGUUAGAAGGACCACCGGUGGUUGGGCGAGUUGCAGCCUCCACUGGGAUUGGAACAGUAACGGUGGCCUCCGAAUGCACUUCCUCAGUAACAGUUGCUGAAGUGGUACUCGUGCUCGGUCCUUCAUCUGCUGGAAGCAAUUUGUUUUCAUGCGUAGACAGAAAAUAA